UUUUGCUAAUGACAGUAUUUCUUUCCAUUCCCUUUCCAUCAACAAAUUUGUCUCUUAAGAUCACUUUCAACAAUGGACAGUCAUUCUACUCAGAGCACUCAUUCCAUGUUUUGUACCAUUUUCUAAAAUGCCUUUGCCAACAAAAGAAAAAAAAACCCCUAAAAUUGGCAGAUGUACCCUAGAGGAAUCUUUGUCACUUUGGAACAUUUUGAGGAAUUUAACAAAUUUGACAAACAAGGGAAGUUAUGGUACUCAUACUUGACAUUUUUUUACCUCAGCUGUAACAAACAAAAGAGAGGUUAUCUUGACUCUAAGUCCUAACAGCUGUGAUUGUUUGAGGCAAAGCACAUAUGAAAUAGAAUUGCUGGUCUAAUCAUUUUUGGUCUUAUCUUCAGAUAAAUGAUGGAUUAUACUAAAAUUACUCAGAGCUUUCAAGUGAAUUGCAACAAAGUGUAGUAAAAUAUCAUGUUCCAAAUGACAUGCUGUUAGAAUUCUCUGCUGCACCAUCAUGUGAAAGAACUACAGAUUUUGGCCUUUGGCCAGGUGUCUUUUACAAUUUUCAUUCCAUUUGUGUUUUGUUUGAUAGCAAAACUGUCCAGGUACUCACUGUAUAACAAGGCUAGCUAGAAUGCUUGGUUACUAUUUGUGGUGUUUAUCUCCUUUUAUUGUCGCUGAGUAGCCUUUCUCUUGUAGGCACAGACAUCGGGUAAUAACCGAAGACAGCCUCACAGCAGGGAAGUGAGAUCAGAUUGGCAGUGCAGCACUGAGUGGCAUGAUUGAAGACAGGACAAAAAGCAGGCUACAGCAAAAGGUGUGAGCUUCAUAUUUUCUCCCAUAAAGAAGCUUACAGCUGAAGAGUUCAAGAUGAUUCCUAACUACUCUACUGAGGAAACCGUUAAAAGAAUCCACGUGGACUGUCCUGUUUCAGGAAGGCACAGCUAUAUCUACAUUAUGGUUCCAACCGUUUACAGCAUCAUCUUCAUCAUAGGCAUAUUUGGGAACAGCCUGGUCGUUAUUGUCAUUUACUGCUACAUGAAGUUGAAAACAGUAGCCAGCAUCUUCCUUCUCAACCUGGCCCUGGCUGACUUGUGUUUUCUCAUAACUCUGCCCCUCUGGGCAGCCUACACGGCCAUGGAGUACCAGUGGCCUUUUGGCAACUGUUUGUGCAAGUUGGCCUCGGCGGGGAUCAGUUUCAACCUGUACGCCAGCGUGUUCCUGCUCACCUGCCUGAGCAUCGACCGCUACCUGGCCAUCGUGCACCCGGUGCAGUCGCGGGUCCGCCGGACCAUGUUUGUAGCCCGAGUCACCUGCAUCGCCAUCUGGCUCCUGGCCGGCGUGGCCAGCUUGCCCGUCAUCAUUCACCGCAACAUAUUCUUCGCUGAGAAUUUGAACAUGACAGUCUGUGGGUUUCGCUAUGAAAGCAAUAACACAACCCUGCGGGUCGGGUUGGGUUUAUCCAAAAAUUUGCUGGGCUUUUUAAUUCCUUUUCUGAUCAUAUUAACAAGCUACACCUUAAUUUGGAAGACUCUGAAGAAGGCAUAUCAGAUUCAAAAAAAUAAGACUAGAAAUGAUGACAUUUUUAAGAUGAUUGUGGCAAUUGUAUUUUUCUUUUUCUUUUCCUGGAUUCCUCAUCAAGUGUUCACUUUUCUGGACGUGUUGAUUCAAUUACAUGUAAUAACAGAUUGCAAAAUCACCGAUAUUGUGGAUACAGCUAUGCCUUUCACCAUUUGUAUCGCUUACUUUAACAACUGCCUGAAUCCCUUUUUUUAUGUAUUUUUUGGAAAAAACUUUAAAAAAUACUUCCUUCAGCUGAUAAAAUACAUCCCACCGAACGUCAGCACACAUCCAAGCCUAACAACCAAAAUGAGCUCCCUCUCCUACAGGCCACCUGAAAACAUCCGCUUGCACACUAAAAAGACUGCUGGGCCUUUUGACACCAAUUGAGGCGUUUAGCAAAGUUCUUCUUUUGAACAACCUUGUGUGCGAAGCAGCAAGAUCAACAAGAUUCAUCUGCGGUCCUGAACAUCACAGCUCAUUACAGCAACACUGGAUCUCCUCAGAGAAAUCAUACUGUAAAGAGUCAGCAGUGAACUUUCAUCUUACAUUGCAAAGAGGACUGCUUCGUUUUCAUUUUGUUUUUCUUUACUGAAAGCGGCGUUAAGUGUUGGAACAGGUGUGUCAGAGUUCCUGCCACAUCCCACCGUUUGCUUGGAGCUACAAAAGAAGGGGAGAGAAAACUCCUAACUUAAGUUCAUAAGUGUUUCAAAAGGAAAAGCUUGUAUAAAUGACAUGAAAUACAAAGAAUCUGACUUGCAUAUAUGUGAGCUAUUCUGUUGAAGGAGUGGAGCUUUGUUUCUUGUUUUGUUGGGGUUUUUUUAAUUACAUAAAUGUCCUAUAAUCAUAUUUAUAAUAUAUUUUCAAAUAUAUGCUAUAUAUAGAAGCCCAGUUUUAAACUCAAAUGGAAAUUUAAGGUCCUUGAAAUUUGUCUUAUUCUGAUUUAUGCUACUUUUUUUUUAAUGGCAAUUUUUUCAUAAUAAUAUAUGCAAUAAAAUGCAGACUUAUUUAUUAAAUAUAGAAUAAAUAUAUUUUUAGAUUUAUAUUCCUACUCAUACAUUUCAAACAUUGCUUCAGAAAUGUACAUUUAUAUCCCAGUGGGUAUUUUUAUAGCAGUUAAAAAAAAUAACUCUAUAUAUGCACACAGAAAUGGGGUUCACUCAGCCUUUCCUCAUUGUAAGCCACCCUGAAGUUUGAAGAAUGCUACAGACAGGAGUUGACUCUAAACUCUGUGUGACUAAAAGUAAAUUUCUGUAUUUGAAAACAACAGUUCUGGGAAAGAGGUGAUCAGAAAACUUCAAACUAUUUUUCUGUUAUAACUAGGGCACUUAGUGGGAGAAGUUACCAACUAAUCCAAUCCACUUAGUUUUUCAAAUUCCUGCACGUUUAGUAAACUCCUACUGAUAAGCAAAAGCGUGACAAUGCUUAUAUAUCAAUUCAACUAAUAAUACUUUUAGUCCCGUCACAAAAGAUCCAAGACCAAACUUCACUCUUGGCUUUUGCAGAAUUUCUCUCCAUUUGUAUAAACUUAUGCCCAGGCUAUUUGCUCCCUGUAGAACAUUUUUUUAUUUAUAUGGAACAAAUUCAGAUUUAUACUAGCAUAAAUCAGAACUAAACUCUGGCUCAAACUCAAUACAAAUAAAGAGGAAAGGUGAUAAGCACUGUCGGAAGUUUCCA